GUUCCAAUUCCUUUUCAUUUUCUUGUAAUAAUAGCAUGAACGGAACACAGAGUAACCAAAAUUUUGGAAUCUCCUCCAUUCUUGGGUCGCUUUCUUGCCCCUUCAUUAAUUAUUUCCCCUCUAUAAGUCCCCUCCUUUCCUCGCAAAUAUUAGACAAAAGAGUUAACCUGAUGAAUGCAGGGUAAUGAUAUCAUAAAGAAAAAUCUGCAAAUUCUAGCUACUGCUUUGAGAGGAUUUUCUUCUUGAAAAAUAAGUUUCUUGUUCGGUAUUUUGCCUUUCAUGAUCUAGGUAAAGAGAAAGAAACAGAAAGUGAAUCUGUGAGAGGUUCUUUCAGAAAGAGAAUAACCUCUGCCUCUUUAUUAGGAAUUCUUUAACUCACUUCACUUUCAUUUUCAUUUAAAAGUUUCUUAUAUCCACUUAAAAUUUACGAAAAGAGAAUACAUACAAAUAAAGUGUUCAUCCAUUCUUACAACUCUUGUAUGUGUUUUUUUGUACGAGAAAGAAAACAAGAACUGGGUUUGUGUUAAUAACUAAAGAUAUUGAGUUGUUUGGGGAAUGAAUGGGAGUGAGAUCAUAAUGGACUUUUGGCCUGAGUUUAUUGCUAGCAGUUCGGGCAGGGAAUUUGUGGCUGGUGGAUUUGGUGGAAUUGCUGGUAUAAUUUCGGGUUAUCCUCUUGAUACUCUACGUAUCCGGCUUCAACAGUCUAACUCUGGCUCUGCCUUCAGUAUUCUUCGCCGAGUUAUGAGCAGUGAAGGGCCUGCUGCGCUCUAUAGAGGCAUGAGUGCACCCCUGGCAUCUGUCACCUUCCAGAAUGCCAUGGUUUUCCAGACCUAUGCUAUCCUCUCGAGAGCAUUAGACUCAUCCGCUUCAGCUAAUGAUCCUCCUUCUUACAAAGGUGUUGCUCUAGGAGGAGUUGGUACUGGGGCAAUACAGAGCAUUAUUCUUUCUCCCGUAGAACUGAUAAAAAUUCGCCUCCAACUGCAGAACAGAAGUCAUGCAAAUCUCCAAGAGGCUGCUAGUCCCAAAGGUCCACUAAAUGUUGCCAAGAGCAUACUGAAAACAGAAGGUCUAAAAGGAAUGUACCGGGGUUUUGUGAUCACAGUUCUGAGAGACGCACCUGCUUAUGGUGUCUACUUUUGGACAUAUGAAUACAUGAGAGAGCAGUUUCACCCUGGCUGCAGAAAGAAUGGUCAGGAAAGCGUACGAACCAUGCUGACGGCAGGAGGCCUCGCAGGAGUUGCUAGCUGGCUCUGCUGCUAUCCAUUAGAUGUUGUGAAAACCAGAUUACAAGCUCAAUCACCAUCCUCCCAACUUAAGUAUAGAGGCAUUCUGGAUUGCUUUAGCCGGAGCGUUAAAGAAGAUGGUUACUGCGUGCUCUGGCGAGGUUUGGGGACUGCUGUUGCAAGAGCUUUUGUAGUUAAUGGAGCUGUAUUUGCUUCUUAUGAGACUGCGUUGCGGUGUCUUUUCAACAAUGGAAACAUUCAGACAGAGAACACCAUCUAGGAAAAAUUGAUCUUUUUCCGGUCAACAGUCAUUGGCAUGUAUCUGAAUGUAAUAAUUCAAUGACAAUUAAAAAAAAAAAAUGCAUCAGGACAAAUAUGUUUUCAUCUUCUUGCUUUCUCUCUAUGUAGAACCAACUGAAACAACCGGCAAUCAGACUCCAUCAUCGAUCA